GCGCUGAAGACCCCGCGUCGUUCAUAUCUUCUAUAGUGGUAAUUGGAGGGGUAUUGCACGGCCCAAGUUUCAUGCUUUCAUGCGAUUACCUAUCAGUGGGGAUAAAUAGCAUCCGCGAGUUUGACACGCUGUUGGGCUAAUUGAGCAAAGGCAGUGGUUUCGUAUCCUGUAUCAACCGAAUCGAUAACCAAAAAGAGAAGAAACGAAAUUAAGAAGAAAGAAAGACAGAAAACAUGACAACGACAAGAGCAAUCAACACUUUCAAGGCUCUCACUUUCGACUGCUACGGCACCCUUGUGGACUGGGAGUCUGGCAUUUACAACAACCUUCGGCCUCUGUACCAGCAGCUUGAUGACUCGCAUCCUCUCAAGAAUGACCGUCUCGGAUUGCUUCGUGCUAUAGUUCGGCACGAGGGCCUCGUUCAGACUGCCAAUCCGACCUACCUCUAUCAUACCGUUCUAGCUGAAGCUUAUGGCAAUCUCGCCGCUGAGCUAGGUGUCGCCGCCGACCAAGAGGCCAAGGCCGAGUUUGGAUACAGUGUUGGCAGCUGGCCCAUUUACCCAGACACUCUUGAUGCCCUGACUCGGCUGCACAAGCACUUCAAGCUGGUCAUCAUCUCCAAUGUAGAUCUUGAUUCGUUCAAGCGCACGCUUGAAAAGCAGUUUCUGGGCUUUCCCUUUGACGCUAUAUACACGGCGCAGGAAAUUGGCUCGUACAAACCCGACUUGAGAAACUUCCAAUAUCUCAUUGGGCACUGCGACAAGGACCUAGGCGUGAAGAAGGAAGAUAUCUUGCAUACAGCACAAAGCUUGCAUCACGAUCAUGUGCCUGCGAAGCAGAUUGGCAUAGCGAGCGCGUGGAUUGAACGGGGGGAGGAAGUUGAGAGUGUGAUGGGUGGAGAUCCGAAAGAGUAUGAAGAGAGAGUGGCCUAUUCGUGGAAGUUCAAGAACAUGAAGGAGAUGGCGGAUGCAGUUGAUGCUGCUGCUGCAAAGAGCGCCUAAAACCAUCUUAAGUUUAGAUCCUGCCAUAGCAAAGAUGGAAGUGUCGGAUAGAUUUAUUCUAGCUAUUUUUGUUUAUUUCCUUCACUGUCAACUACUGCAAAUGUGAUCUCGAGUAGGAAUCAGGCCAUUUCAUGGGUUAUGCGCCGCAAUUAUCCCGGCUGCGGCAGUGCUCAUUAAACCUUGGCAAAAGCAAAUGGAAAUCAAUCAAAAUCAAUCAUUCGAUAGCAUAUAAGCUUACGGGUGAUUCUACUCACUACGCGUAACCUUAAUUUUUUAUAGAAC